UCAUCUUUCUUCCCCACGUACGCCUGUGAAUGUGAUAUGUGAAAAAAGCAGUGGAAGAAUUUUCAUCUCCAGAAUUGCGGAAAACCCCUUCUAUUUUCUAGGGCUUGCAAAAAAACCGAAAAUUUCUAGGGUUUUCUUCUUCUCCGUCUUUCAUUUCCCAUUCUCCAGGACUUGAUAGAAUUUUUAUCUCUCUCUGAGGAGGAAUUCCAGUUAGGGCUUUCACAUCAUGAAGGCGAUGAAUUCGCUGCAAGAUUUGAUUGAGGAAGCGAAGGUCCGGACGCUGUGGUGGGCAAUCUGUGUCUUCGGGAUCGCCUACUUCUUGUCGCACACAAGUAAAUCUAUGUGGACAAAUAUCCCCAUAUCCAUUCUUAUGCUCUCUGGAUUGCGCCUUUUAUCAUAUGAGGUGGAUUUCCGUUGGAAGGUUCGUCCGGUUCAUCGACAGUCAUAUCUAUCUCAUUUGCAGAAGAAACAGCUGUCACUGGAUGAUCCACGUCUUUCAACUUUACCAACUGCACCAAGAUGGAAAAGGAAAAUUGAUUCUCCUCUUGUGGAAGCUGCGAUAGAUGAUUUCAUUAAUAAGAUUUUGCAGGACUUCAUGGUAGAUUUGUGGUAUUCAUCAAUUACUCCUGACAAGGAGGCCCCUGAACAGAUACACAUAUUAAUCAAUGAUGUUCUUGGUGAGAUAUCUAGAAGGCUUAAACAGAUCAACCUUCUCGACUUAUUAACAAGGGAUAUGGUUGACUUAAUAGGGAACCACUUAGACCUCUAUAGAAGGAAUCAGUCUUCCAUUGGUGCGGAUGUCAUGGGAAUACUAUCUUCUGAUGAAAGGGAUGAAAGGUUAAGACACCAUCUAAUAGCUUCUAAGGAGCUUCAUCCUGCUCUGCUCUCUCCUGAGUGUGAGUACAAGGUUCUUCAACGGCUUAUGGGUGGAGUGUUGGCUGUAGUCUUAAGACCACGAGAGGCUCAAUGCCCCUUGGUUCGGUGUUUUGCCCGGGAGCUUUUAACUUGCUUGGUAAUGCAACCUAUAAUGAAUUUAGCCAGCCCUGGGUAUAUCAAUGAGUUGCUUGAAUGUAUUUUCCUUGCUGCUAAAGAUGACAGGAGUAAAGAGGCCAGACAUGAUAAGUCAACUGAUGUAACCAGUCAUCAUUCUGUUACCACAGGAGCUUCAAAUCAAUCCAGUGACAUGGCAUUGGCAUUGGCAAUGGCAAAAAUUACUAAUCAUGGAGAAAUGUCCCAGGCUGAUUGUGUGCAUGAUAUGCAUUCACGUCCAGCAGAUUGGGCAAGGAGUUUGGAUGCUGCAACGCAGAGAAGAACCCAAGUUCUUGCUCCCGAAAAUCUUGAAAACAUGUGGACCAAAGGAAGAAAUUAUAAAAAUAAAAGUGACAGUCAUGUUAGAAUAGGAACUAAAGGACCGGUAAAGAAGACUUCAGGAACCAUUAGCACCAGUGGGCAUGUUGGAAACACGGGGAAUGAAAAGUUAACUGACAAACAUGGAAGUCCAACAAGAACAGAAGAUAAAUUUGUGGUGCGGGAAAAGCAUGGGUCGUCUCAUUCUCAAGUAAGUGGAGAGGUACAUGUCAAACCUCAAUUAUCUCAAGAUCUGAACAAGGUACCAUCUUUUGAGGGAGGUCACCUUGUUAAUGAAUGGAAGGAGCAUACCAACCAAGCUGCUGAAGGCAACAUGAGACUGCUUAAGCGUUCCAAUAGUACUUCUGCCUUGAAAAGUCUCCCUGAUAUUGACAAAACACUUAUAGGAGAAACUGGGGAGGCUUUGGGUGCCAAGGAGUUACGUAACCCACAUUUGGACUUCCAGAAGGAAGAAGGGUCCAGUGGUGUCAGUGUCUCUGAAGUGGUUCUCCACGGUGAAGGAUCCUUGCAUGUCCCCAAGCUCAAAUGUCGGGUUGUGGGAGCAUAUUUCGAGAAGAUUGGGUCAAAAUCUUUUGCAGUUUAUUCAAUCGCUGUGAGAGAUGCAGAGAAUAAGACCUGGUUUGUGAAAAGAAGAUACAGAAACUUUGAGCGACUCCAUCGGUAUCUUAAAGAUAUACCAAAUUAUACAUUACAUUUGCCUCCAAAGAGGUUUCUUUCAUCAAGCAUCGAGGAUUCUUUUGUUCACCAGCGGUGUAUUCUGCUUGACAAAUAUUUGCAAGAUCUUUUGUCAAUAGCCAAUGUUGCAGAACAACAUGAAGUGUGGGAUUUUUUAAGUGUUACCUCAAAGAAUUAUGCUUUUGGAAAAUCUACCUCAGUGAUGAAGACAUUGGCGGUCAAUGUGGAUGAUGCUAUGGAUGAUAUUGUUCGCCAAGUCAAAGGGGUUUCGGAUGGUCUAUUGCGCAAAGUUUCUGGAUCUUCAUUACCUUAUACAACUUCUCCUACGGUAGCAGAAAGGCACCUGGCUUUGUCCUGGAAUGAAGAGGAGAUUGGUAAACAUAGCUCAAGCCACAGUAAUAUGGAGACAUAUCAUAGCUUAUCUGAUGAGGAAAGUACAAAAGAUGCGGUGCAUGAUGAGGCGGCUUCUGCUGCACUAAUUCAUGGAUGGCAUUCAGACAAUGAAUUGACCUCAAAAGGCUUCCCACCUCGGGUGCUAAAGCGUUUUGAAGAAUCCAAAAGCUUGGCUUCCGGGAGAAGCCAACAGUUGGGGAUGAAAUUUGAGAGGUUUGGUUUGUAUGGGGAUUUAGCAAUGAAUGCUUCGGCAGCCUCUAAUCUUCUAGAGUAUCCAGUUGGAGUGCCACCAGAGUGGACACCGCCUAAUGUAAGUGUACCGCUGUUGAAUUUAGUUGAUAAGAUAUUUCAGCUUAAUCGAAGAGGUUGGCUAAGAAGGCAGGUCUUCUGGAUCUCGAAGCAAAUUUUGCAGUUAGUGAUGGAAGAUGCUAUCGACGAUUGGCUUCUCAGGCAAAUUCAAUGGCUCCGAAGAGAUGACAUUAUUGCUCAAGGGAUUCGCUGGGUUCAAGAUGUUCUCUGGCCUAAUGGCACGUUCUUUCUGAAGUUCGAGAAUAAUCAAGAUGAAGUGAAUAGCAUUCAGUACAGUCAGAAACCUGCACAAACUGGAAGCCGGAUAGGUGGUGAUAAAGUCUCCCAUCCUAGCUCCUUUGAGAUGCAGCUUGAGGCAGCUCGGAGGGCUAGCUAUGUUAAGAAAAUGCUCCUUGGCGGAGGAGCUCCAACUGCUUUAGUCAGUUUGAUCGGGCCUAAACAGUACCGGCGUUGUGCGAAAGACAUUUACUACUUCUCCCAGUCAACCAUCUGUGUGAAGCAGCUAGCAUACUGCAUGUUGGAACUUCUCCUUCUUUCACUGUUCCCAGAACUGCAAGAUCUCGUCGUAGACAUACAUGAGAAGAAGGAUGUGCACCCGGCUUAAGAUGGCAGAUCAGUAUUGCAAAUUCCUUUGGAGCACAGCAUCUACACGACUCUCUCUCUCCUUGCAUUCAGGUGACACUGGAACCUCCUCAAGCUUGAAAAUAUCCCAUGCUUUGUCAGCAGGUGGAUCCCUUUCUACCGAAAAUCUGCCUACAUGUGGCGGGUCCUGUAAAGAGCAGAAAGCAUCUCGGUUUUCAAUUGUGGAUUUUUUUUCUUCUUUUUUUCCGGGUUGGGAAUGGCCUUGAAUUUCUCGUUCAAAAUGUACAGAUGUACAUUUGAAAUCUGUAUAGAUUUCUUUGGAGGAAACCCUCCCGUCGACACACAUGGUCACUAAGUCAUCACCCAAGUUUUCAUAAUGUACAGGCUUGAAUAUGAACUCUCUAAUCGAAUUGCGGUGUGUCCAUUCUCUAGCAGUUUUGGAAUACGGAAUUUUGUUCCAACUUCUUAUU